UGAUCAUUUCCUAAUUCCUAACCCUGGCUGCAAAUAACCGCUGUUUGUUUCCGUUAAGUUCUGGUCUUUCAUUUCUGUUCUUCCACUUCCUUUUCCUUCCUCCCAAUUUCAGUUCUCACAGGAACGCGAUCAAACAAAAAUGAUGGGAAAUUGAAACAGUAACAGAGCAAAAAACAAUCUAAAAAACUUUUUUUUUAAAACUAAUCAUAAUUUAAUUUUUUAAUGGGGGACGCGUACUGCUCCGACUGCAAGCGGCAGACGGAGGUGGUGUUCGACCAUUCAGCGGGGGACACGGUGUGUUCGGAGUGUGGAUUAGUGUUGGAAUCGCACUCGAUCGAUGAGACGUCCGAGUGGAGAACUUUUGCUAAUGAGUCUGCUGAUAAUGAUCCCGUCCGUGUAGGUGGCCCUACCAAUCCUCUCUUGGCUGACGGUGGCCUUUCCACCGUGAUAGCAAAGCCUAAUGGCGCUUCCGGCGAGUUCCUUUCAUCUUCAUUGGGUCGUUGGCAGAAUAGAGGCUCCAAUCCGGAUCGGGGGUUGAUUUUGGCGUUUAAAACUAUAGCUACCAUGUCUGAUAGGUUGGGCCUCGUUGCAACUAUAAAGGAUCGGGCUAAUGAGAUCUAUAAACGGGUGGAAGAUCAAAAGUCCAGUAGAGGAAGAAAUCAGGAUGCCUUAUUGGCUGCUUGCCUCUACAUUGCUUGUCGACAAGAAGACAAGCCACGAACUGUAAAGGAAAUUUGCUCUGUCGCCAAUGGAGCCACAAAGAAGGAAAUUGGCCGAGCAAAAGAAUACAUAGUGAAACAGCUGGGGUUGGAGACAGGUCAGUCAGUGGAGAUGGGAACAAUACAUGCCGGGGAUUUUAUGAGGCGUUUUUGUUCCAAUCUUGGUAUGAAUAAUCAAGCAGUGAAAGCUGCCCAAGAAGCUGUGCAGAAGUCGGAAGAGUUCGACAUAAGGAGGAGUCCUAUAUCAAUUGCAGCAGCAGUCAUUUAUAUCAUAACUCAGCUUUCUGAAGAGAAGAAGCCUAGUCUCAAAGAUAUUUCAGGUGCUACAGGAGUUGCCGAGGGAACAAUCAGAAAUUCUUACAAGGACCUCUAUCCUCACGUGUUGAAGAUAAUACCAAGUUGGUUUGCCAAAGAAGAGGAUCUCAAGAAUCUUUGCAGUCCUUGAAUUAUAAAGUUGACAAUAAUGGGAAUGCCUACACGAUUUGAAUUGGUUUUGAAACCUUCCAUCAAUAUGUUAGAAACCGUUGAGACAUGAAUCAUUGUAUAAGGCCCUUCUGUUUUCAAUUUUCCUGGACAACUGAUUUAGUUGAGACACAUAGGAAAGCAAAAGUAUGUAAGCCAUUCAAUUCUAACUCACGCUUGAAGGAGCAUUAACAUCCAACAUGUCAAUGGAUAUUGAUGUGUAUUAUGCAAUCAAAGCCCACUUUUGAACCA